AUGGAUGAAAUUCCUCAUUCUGAUGAUGUUGAUAAUUUGGAAGGUUUGGAAGAAGAUGAUCACCAAACUAAAGUUAAAGGGAAACGAUCAAUAUCCAAUUCAAGUAACCAUCCUACGGUCCAAGGUAAAAAGUGUAAACAAACUGGACCUAUUAAUCUUUAUUUUAUGAAAGAUGUCGAUGAAAUUGUCAAACAAAGACGUGCAAAAAGCAAAGGACAAUUUGAUGAAAAUAAAAAGAAGUUAAGAGAUAUUGUAGUUGAGAAAUUUGCAAGAUGGAUGUAUGAUGCUGGAAUUCCCUUCAAUGCUGUUAAAUAUGAUUCUUUUGAGCCUUGUAUUGAAGCUAUUGGACAAUUUGGAUCAGGGAUGAAACCUCCAUCAUAUCAUGAAGUGAGGGUUAAGUAUUUGAAGAAGGAGUUGGCAAAUACGAACUCACUUCUCAAAUCCCAUGAAGAAGAUCAUGCUAAGUUUGAGUGCACAAUCAUGGCAGAUGGAUGGACAGAUAAAAAGGGUAGGACUCUUAUAAAUUUUUUGAUGAAUGGUCCCCAAGGAAGUGUAUUUGUCGAAUUAGUUGAUGCUUCAGGCUAUUCUCACACAGCAGACAAAAUGUUUGAGUUGCUUUCUAAAUUUGUGUAUCGCAUUGGAGAAAAAAAUGUGGUUCAGAUUGUAAUAGAUAAUGCAAGCUGCAAUGUCAGUGCAGCUCAUUGUUUAGAUUUGUUGCUCGAGGAUAUAUUCAAAAUUUCUCAUCUCAGAAAAUUGCAUGAACGGGCGUUGAUGGUUAAUAGUUAUAUUUACAAUAUACCACAAGUAUUGAGCAUGAUAAGAGAGUUUACUGGACAGAGAGACAUGCGAUUUCAUGUACAACAAGCAAAUCUGAGAAAGAUGUUUACAUCUAAAAAGUGGGUAAAUAGUCGAUUUUCCAAAGAGGCCGCAGGAAAACGUGUAGCAGAACUGGUAGACGGUGAAAAACAAUCUCCUAUGGGUUAUAUUUAUGAGGCAAUGGACAGGGCCAAAGAAGCUAUCGCUGCGUCAUUUAACAAUAAUGAAGAGAAAUAUCGUAACAUUUUUGAAUUCAUUGACAAAAGAUGGAACAUUCAACUUCAUCGACCUUUGCAUGCAGCCGGAUAUUUCUUGAAUCCAGAGUGUUUUUACUCAAACCCUGACAUAGAAAAUGAUACAGAAGUGAUGGAGGGUUUGUACAAGUGCAUAUCUAGAUUGGUGAGAGGUGAGGAUUUACAAGAUAAGAUCACGAAUCAAUUGGAAAAAUACAAGAAAGCAGAAGGACUUUUUGGUUUGCCAAUGGCUAUCUGA